CCUCUUGAUCUUCUUCUUGCUCAAACAACAUUCCGCCGUCCAAAAUCUCAGUAUCUCUGAUCCAAGUGGCCAGGGUCGGAACCCUUGUUGACCUCCUCCUGUUUUACUCCCUGGAGAGAACCCUUUUUGACAGAAUGGUAUCUUCUAUGGGCAAAACCUCCCACCAAGUCAAGAGAGCCAUCGCACUCUGGCUUACCCUGGGGGAAAUUGGCUACUAUGACUUAAUAAGAACAAUCCGUUCCCUCAACGAUCACACCGUCAAUGCACUCUUCCAUGAAACAUUGAAAUGCUUCGACUGCCUUCCUCUCAAUGCUGCACCGCCAGUUGAAUCCCCUGAUGAUUUUUCCACCUUUCUUGAGUUUUUCAUCGAGCCCAUGAACUACAGCUUCUUUUACUACAAUCAUGAGUUCAUUUUUAGGCGAUUGCAGCACAUGGUGCAGACUGUUUCUGAGAAGAUAUUUGGGGAGACAGCGCCUUUGGAAGUUCAUAACUCAAGUCUGAGGCCGCCAGUCAGAACCCUUGGAUCCACGGCUUCUGGCAAGCCUAGCCAAGGACCCAGGCAAUCAACUUUGAAUCCUCACGCUGAGGAUUUCCAUCCUGGACAAACCUUAAAAGAUGCCAGAAAAAUGUUCCUAACAUUUUCCAAAGGAACUGGGAAGAUCAAAGUAGGGCAAGAUGUUGUGGUGGAACAGACUGGUCCAGGAAGAGGUCCUCAGUUUGAACGUGUUGUUUUCACUACGUCCUUGGUGAUUUCGAAUGUACUAAAUGGGCAUGCAAAAGCCAAGUUUACUGUCAAUGGGAAACAUCUAUGGGCACGUAUUUACGUGCAUCGAACAAGAACCCAGGCAUUUUUGGUUUGACCUUAGAGAUCCUUAGGGAGCUCGUAAUGUUGUUGUCUAUAUAGUUCUUGCUCUAGUCGUUGUCUAUAUUAAUUUGAAAAAUUGUGUUGAUUUUUGCAAAACACAAACUUUUUUUUUUUAACUUUUUUUUUUCUUUUUAUCUUGAUUGUAUAACAGAAGUAACCAUUUUUCAUUCAUUAUGUAAUUUUAUUCGCAUGUUAUGCGGCUUAAAUUUAAAAUCUUUUACUUUCAAUGAAAGAAGAUGAUUAUU